AACUGGAAGGUGGAACGAUGCCCGGAGCCUCCCCUGCCACGCUGCAGAUGCACAGGGCUCUCAGGGCUGCGUGUGCUGCCUGUGCUGUGUUGCAGCAGUGCUGUCUUUUGUGCUGGGGCUGCUGUGCAGAGCUGGGGCACAACGCUGCCCUUGUCACCUCAGGACUCGGAGCUUUGUCUGAGCUGUUCUAACUUGACACAUGUCUCUAUGGGAUGCGAGCUGCUUUGGUCCUGGCAGGAUGGGUUGGGUUGCGCCUACUUAAGAUUCAGUAAAAAAUGGCAUUUCAGAAGGCAGUGAAAGGAACUGUUCUCAUUGGAGGAGGUGCCAUAGCAACAGUUUUUGGCCUCUCUCAAUUUUCUCAGUAUAGAAACAAACACGGCACCUUGGUGAAUGUUCAAGCUGCAGAAGCAGUGACUGUUCCCAUAAAGAACGAUUUUCCUACAAGAGAAGAGCAGAUUUCCACACUAAAAAGCACACCUGAGUUUGACGUUCUUAUCAUAGGUGGAGGAGCAACAGGAUGUGGUUGUGCCUUAGAUGCAGUCACUAGAGGACUAAAAACAGCCCUUCUAGAAAGAGAUGAUUUCUCAUCAGGGACCAGCAGCAGGAGUACUAAAUUGAUCCAUGGUGGAGUGAGAUAUCUUCAGAAGGCCAUCAUGAAGUUGGAUUUUGAGCAGUACAAGAUGGUGAAAGAAGCACUCCAGGAGCGUGCAAACCUACUUGAAAUAGCUCCUCACCUAUCAGCUCCUUUGCCUAUCAUGCUGCCUGUUUACAAAUGGUGGCAGUUGCCAUAUUACUGGAUUGGAAUAAAACUGUAUGACCUCGUGGCAGGAAGUCAGUGUCUAAAAAGGAGUUAUGUCCUCAGCAAGUCGAGAGCCUUGGAGCACUUCCCAAUGCUGCGCAAAGACAAGCUGGUUGGAGCUAUUGUCUAUUACGAUGAAUUUAGAGAAACGCUACUGGCAAUUAACAUCAGCACCAACCAAACAAAAUGUGCAGCUCCUUAAAGCCUCCGCUGAAUGCAGAGGAGCUUCUGAAUGACAGAGGUGUCAUCAGCUGAGUGAUGCAGCUUUGAGCUGUGUGUAUGCAGGCUAAAGCAAGAAUGACAGCGUUAUGUCAGUUCUUCAGGUGCCCCAUUGCAAAAUGAAACCUGACAGGUAGAUGUGUGCCACGGUAUUUCUCCACUGGCCAGCCUGUGGCCCAUGGUCUGUGUGGGCUCACGUUACUCUAUGAAGCAUUAAUUUGUUUAUCUUGAUCAAUUAACUUGUGCUCUGUCAACACCAGUCAGCCAGCACACUACAUUGUAAAUCUAUUAAUUGGAAUUUUAACAAGUCCAAAGGAAUGGAGCGCAGAAGGGAGUGGAAAUUGAACUUAAAGUGGAGAAGGGAAAGAUAUGGUUGGAUUAUGCUCACUUUAAUUCUUUCACCAGAAUUAGUCACGAAUAAGAGCAUUAAGUAAUGGCAAAAA